AAAAGCUUUUAUGCAGAAAGGCUCAGCAGUGACGAGUCAGCUUGGCAAGUGUUCUGCCAAGGGCUCUGCAGCUUCCUCACGAGGGGCAGCUCUAUCCCUGCUCUCUGGGACAGUGUCAGGACCCCGAGGAACGGCUGGAGCUGUGUCGGGGGGGUUGGGGUGGAUAUUAGGAAAAGGAUGUUUUUCCCCAGAGUGCUCAGGCACUGAACAGGCUCCCCAGGCGAUGGUCACAACCCUGACCCUGCCAGAGCUCAAGGGGCGUUUGCACAACGCUGUCAGGCACAGCGUGGGAUUGUUGAGCUGUCCUGCUCAGGGCUUGGACUCACCGAUCUUUGAGGGUCCCUUCCAGCUCAGGGUACUGCAUGAUUCCGUGAUUCCAUGACUCCCGGUUCCGGGGGAUCUGAGCUGCUCCAGGCAGCGCUUUGCACCUGCCACGCGCGGAGCGGGUGCCCGGUGCCCCGGGGCGAGGCGGGGCCGGGGGCGGGCCGGGGCCGCCCCCGCUAAGGGCAGCCUUGAAAUAGCAGCGGCGGGUCCCAAGCCCGCAGUGCCCCGCUCCCGGCACCAUGGGUGGCAAGAAGGUUUGCAUCGUGGGCUCUGGCAACUGGGGCUCGGCCAUCGCCAAGAUCGCCGGCAGCAACACAGCUCGGCUGAGCAGCUUCGAGAGCCAGGUGAACAUGUGGGUGCUGGAGGAGGAGGUGGGCGGCCGGCGGCUCACGGACAUCAUCAACACGGAGCACGAGAAUGUCAAGUACCUGCCGGGGCACAAGCUGCCCCCCAACGUGGUGGCAGAGCCAGACCUGCUCAAAGCCUGUGCAGGGGCUGAUGUCCUCCUGUUCGUGGUGCCCCACCAGUUCAUCGGCAAAGUCUGUGACCAGCUCAAGGGCCACGUGAAGAAAGAGGCCAUUGGGAUGUCACUCAUCAAGGGCGUGGAUGAAGGACCAGAUGGGCUGAGACUGAUCUCAGACAUCAUCCAUGAGAAACUGGGAAUAGAAAUGAACGUGCUUAUGGGGGCCAAUAUUGCCAGUGAAGUGGCAGAAGAGAAGUUCUGUGAAACCACCAUCGGCUGCAAGAACACGAAGCACGGGCAGAUGCUGAAGGACCUGAUGCAGACCCCCAACUUCCGUGUGUCGGUGGUGCAGGAAGCUGACACUGUAGAGAUCUGUGGGGCUCUCAAGAACGUGGUGGCUGUAGGAGCCGGUUUCUGUGAUGGGCUUGGCUACGGUGACAACACAAAGGCUGCCGUGAUCCGCCUGGGCCUGAUGGAGAUGAUUGGCUUUGCCAAGCUCUUCUGUAAGGGCCCUGUCACCUCCUCCACCUUCCUGGAGAGCUGCGGCGUGGCCGACCUCAUCACCACCUGCUAUGGGGGCCGCAACCGCAAGGUCGCCGAGGCUUUUGCCAAAACUGGCAAGUCCAUCGAGCAGCUGGAGAAGGAGAUGCUGAAUGGGCAGAAGCUGCAGGGUCCCCAGACAUCUGCUGAGCUGCAUCGAAUCCUCAAGAGCAAGAAUGCAGUGGAGAAGUUUCCCCUCUUCACUGCUGUGUAUCGGAUCUGCUACGAGGGCAAACCUGUCACCGACUUCAUUGCGUGUCUCCAGAACCACCCUGAGCACAUGUAAGGGGCUCUGCCUGCAGAGCACAGGUCCUGCUGGGAUGUGCUGAGAGCUCCUGCCCACACUGACCUGAUCUGCUGCCACAGCCUCAGAAGGAGUCCGGGUCUCCUGGGAGCCUUUGCUGACUGCUGGAAGAGCAGAGGUUCCCUUCCCCAGCCCCAGACACUGCCCUGGACACUGAGCCUGGCACAGAGGUACCUGCUGACCUCUUUCUCUCUUUGAAGAGCUCGUUUAAUUGCUGCUGCUAAGGUUUGCCCUGAGCAGGGCUGAGCAUCUUCAUCCUUCACUUCCUCACAGUGGAUUCAGCUCUGGGAAGGACUCUGCCGGGCCAUCAUGACAGAUGAGGGCUGGGCACUGCCUGCCAGGGAAAACAGUGUCCCAAGUCCUCCCUCUUAGCCCCAUGGGCCACUCUGGGUGACACCAGCUCUUCCCUACCUGCUGCUGCUUUUGCAUUCCCUGUCUGGUGGAGAGAGCACAGUCCCCUGCCAGGCUCCACCUGGUGAGUGGAGCUCUCAGGACUUCCAAAGGCACCGAGGAUCUUUGUAAGGAGCACCAGCACAGCACAGACAAUGGCAUUCCUUGCCACCCAGCCAUGUGCUGCUUUCCCCCAGCUGCUCCUGCUGACCCAGGGACACUCUGGAGCUUGUUUGUUUAGAGCUGUUGCUCUCUCCAUCAGACUUGGCCCCAGCUCUGGGGAGCUCCCCUGUUGUCACAGGCUUGCCUAUGCUAAUUCCAUGCCUGCUGACUUCUCUCCCUUGUCUCAGUUUGACAUCUGGGGCUUGGCACUUCCAGGGACCAACUGCCCCUGAGUCUGUGUGAGCAGCUGGUGUGACCCCUGCCUUGUACCCUCACAUCAGGCAGGUGGCUCAGCACCAGGCACCUGAGUCAUGUUGAUGUUCAGUAAUUCCUCCACAGCCACACUUUGCCUUCCUCUGGCUCGCUUCAGCCCGUGCUUUAGACUGCUCUGUGCUUCCAUGUGUGGCUGUCCAGGAGCUGAGGAAGGAGGUCUCACACUUUCCCUCAUGUGGAGAUGCUGCAAGCUGCCCUCUGGCACAGGGGCAGGAAUAGGCAUAUGAUCCACAACAGACACAUGGACAUGUCCAACAUCCCAGGACAGGACAGAGGUCUUGGGCCUCACACUGAGCCUGUGAAAUUUGCCCCUUGUCCAGACUGGUGCCACAUGUCCCUCUGCUCCUCUGCAGCUGGUGGUGUUUGCUCAGGCCAGAGUGUCCAGCAGUCACUGAUCCUGCCUGGGCUGGAAUGCUGCAAGGCUCCCUGCUCUCCCCCAUUCAAGUUCCAGAGCCAAGGGGUCUCUGACUAGCAGUGUUCCUUUGAAAUCACAAUAAACAUGGAGAGGAGGUGGGAGAUGCUCUCCUUGUUCCGUGGCUCCAGUGCAUCACUGUGGCUGGGUUGGUGCCUGCUGGACUUGCUGAGUGCUCAGAACAGGGCACUGCCCGUUCCCUCCUGGCCCUGCACCCUCCCGUGCUGUCCCAGAAACAGCAAGAACGUCCCUGUAGGUCCCUGUUUAGCCCCAGUGUCACACAGUGUCCCACUUGCUUUGUCUCAGCAACCGUUCCAGGAUUAAAAUUUGGCCGCAGGACUAUGGUGGGUUGGGAUUGAGCAUUGAGCCGGGUCCAGAGUCCUCACCUGGGGCCAGCAGGAGCCAGGCCAGGACCACACUGUGCCCCACACACCCCAGGCCUCCCCUCCUCUGACGUUUGGGGCUUCCCAGGACACGCUGUGGGAUUUUAUUCAUCUCUUCCCAGCUGCUUUUCCCAGACUGUCCCUGUGUGUCUUUAAAGGAGCCCCGCACUGAGUGACCUUUCCAGGGCUCUGAACUCUCUGCUCGGUGUCUUACAAGGGGAAUUUAAUCUGUUGGCACUGCACUUGUUUCUGUGCCUUUUAUUAGCCACGUUUUCUCAGCAGGCACUCCGCGACCUUUAAAUUCAGCAGAACUGUCGUGUGGGGGGAGCCAACACGGCUUCCUCUGCCGAGGAGCUUUAUUGAGCUUGGAGGAAGGAUAAAGGAAGUCCAGCGUGUUCCUGCAGGGCUGGCACGACUUCUAGUUCUCUUUGUCUUCAAGGGCUUCAAGGAAUCCAAGUGUUUGGAUACGAAGCUCAUACAGGAGAGAGGGUCCCUGGGCUCUGCUCCCUCACACAAGCUCCUGUCAGCACCUGCCUGGAGCUGCAGCAGAAUCCAGCAGGGAUUUGUGUUUAGCUGGGAGCUCCUCUGCGAUGGAAAUGCAAUGUGCAUCCCCCUUGUCCAUGUUUCUUUGACCCCUGAAGUGCCCGAAUGGCUGCAGAUCCUUGCUUAGGGUCCCAGGUCUCCAACGAUCUCUUGCUUUUAAACACACCACACUGGAGCUGGAUGUCCCGAGCUAUAAAAAGU